CGAUUGGGAAAAAGGCCAGAAAGGGGGAAUGGUGCUGAAAGAUCAUCUAGAGAGGGUGAGAGCUGAUAUGGUUUUCCUUCUGAAACAGGGAUGUACGGCGCUGCAUACGGGGUGAUUGCAGACAUCGCGACGAUUGACGAACGGGGCUCGUUUGUCGGGGUGUUGUUGCUCAUGACCGACUUCGCCACGAGUCUUGGGCCGGUAAUAGGCGGCGCCCUGACGCAGGGCCUGGGCUGGCGCUGGAUCUUUUGGUUUCUCGUCAUCUUUGCCGGCUCACACUUCGUUGCCAUGCUGCUCUUCUUCCCCGAGACGCAGCGCAAAAUCGUCGGAAACGGCAGCAUCCGGCCGAAGGGGCUCAUCUACCAGACCGUGUUCUCGCUUGUUCGAAAGGGACAAACAGCAGCCAAAGACACAGAAGCCGUCGCCGUUGGGGAGGGAAAGAAGCAGGAUGGCCAGAGCCCGACAAAAUCAAGAUUCCGCUUUCCCAACCCCCUGGCCUGCCUUCCGGUGCUGAAAAACAAGGGCUCGCUUCUGGUCAUCCUCAUAACUGCCAUCAACUACGCGGUCAAGGCGGCACUGCAGACAUCGUUGGACGCACAAUGCGUCGACCUGUAUGGGCUUACGAACCUGCAGGCUGGGCUGAUCUACCUCCCGUCGGGAGUGGGUGGCGGCUUUGGAUCGUACGGUGCUGGCAAAUUCAUCGACUGGAACUACCGCAGAACAGUUGAAAAGUCGUCCAAGAACCAGCUCGAGCCGGUUGACAAGAACUCCCCAGACUUCCCGCUUGAGCGGACCAGACUCAGGGGCAUCUACCUGUUGCAUGCAAUCACGAUCCUCGGAAUCCUCGGCUACGGUUUCGCGCUCAAAUACCACUGGCAUAUAGCAGUGAUGCUCAUCAUGCAGCUGCUGACGGGGACGGCAACCGCGGCCACCUUUACGCUGUGCGGCACUCUCCUGACAGAUCUCAACAUGAACAAGUCGGCAACCGCCCAGGCGGCCAGCAACCUAGUCCGGUGUCUGAGUGCCGGUGGCGCCGUGGCGAUACUGCAGCCGAUGGUGGAAAGGAUGGGGCCGGCGGGGUGCUUUGCCGUUUAUGCCUCCGUCAUCCUCAUUGGCAUGCACCUGGCCUGGUUUCUGGAGAGAUAUGGCGUCGCUUGGAGGAAGGGGCAGGCAGUGGACACCUGAGCGCGAGGCUUGGCGAUUAUUAUAUAUUAUUAUUACAGCAGAAUAAUAUCCGUGUUAAUAAAAAGUAGAUGUAACGGCAGGUGACACAUGGGCGGAGGUUGGAAAUGAGAGUUUCACGGAAACCCAGACAUGAGUUCGAUGCAGAAGCCAUCAAUCAAGGGAUAACCA